AUGUCACAACAAGCAUUAGCUCAACAGAUUCGUUUCAUAGGAGAGAAAUACAGGUUAUAUGCUGGUAUUUUCAACCUAAUUAUUGGAAUUAUUAGUAAUAUUUCGAUAAUUGUAGUAUUUACUACUUUACGACUUUUUCGAGCAAAUCAAACGGCUUUUUAUUUUAUUGCUGAAUCUAUUUCUAACAUUGGGUUACUGCUUACUUUAAAUAUACCAAAAAUUUUUACAGCUUUUAUUAACUACGAUCCAGCUCAAAGUUCAGUGAUCUGGUGCAAAUUACAAACCAUGCUGUUACAAGCAUUCGCUUUAUUUUCUUUAUUUAAUAUAUGUUUUCUUUCGUUUGAUCAAUAUUUGUCAACUAAUGCACGAGCUACAUGUCGACAAAAAAGUACACUCAAACUAGCUCAUCGACUAACAAGUUUUAAUGUGUGUUUUGUGAUUUUACAUGGUGUAACAGCUCUCAUAUUCACCGAAAUCCAAUCAUCAAUGGGUUGUAAUGUAUACAAUCCAAUAGCACGACGUUAUUACACGUUUUUCUAUUAUCCAAUUUUAGCUAAUAGUUUUCCCUUAACCUUUAUUCUUACGUCAAGUUUAUUAGCUUAUCGUAAUGUUCGUAGGAUAAUUCGUCUACAACAGCCAGUCUUUCGUCGGCGUCUUGAUUCUCAAUUGACAGCAAUGACUUUAGCACGUGUAAUAGUUCUUGGUAUAUGUGGUUUUCCAUACAUUAUUAUUUCUUUAUAUCAGCUUAAUCUAAGUAUCACUGCAGAUGAUUAUAUGAAAAUAGCAAUCAUUACUCUAUUAUCAAUAAUAUUUGCAUCUCUGUUACAUGUUAAUUUCACGGUAAAUUAA